GUGUAUACGUUUAGUUUACGGUUUGAUCUUAAGUCAUCCAACGUCAUGUCAGUCACGACGAAACAUUACUGUUGCAGGACAUAAAACUUUAUGGGUACCGACGAAAAAAGAAAAUAUGAAAUCGAACAAGGAUAAAUCUGUACCAACUAGACGGAGGCCUACAUCCAAUAAAGUAUACCGAUAUCAUCAUCAACAACAAAUUACGCCGGGCACGACAACACUAAAGUAUUGGCAUCAUUUCUACGAAGAUGAAGAAGCGUGGCCCAAAGUUGUAUUGAUUCUAUCAAGUACAGAACGUACCACUACUGCUAAGCCACAGACUAAAACGUUUGCUUAUUAUUUUCCAUCUCUGUACAAACCUGAAGACAGUACAGAAUCGGACUUUUCGAACGAUAGUACUGAGGAGGACCGAGAGGAAAGCAGUGAAGAGGACAGAGAGGAGGAAAUAGAAAAGGAGAGAGACGAUGAACAAGAAAACUCCGAAAUAACCGAAAAGGACUCACCCUCCCUUGCGACCGACUACGGGGACGCUGAUGAUAGCGAUCACGAAGAUGAUAAUUAUGGAGAUUCUGAAUUCUUUGGCAAUGAUAGUCAAAUAUUUAAACUUGAUGAAGACAGAGCAACAAAUAACCCGGAAACUACAACGACUACACCAAAAAGCAGACCAAGCAAAGUGUAUACUACUAUACCUAAGCGAACCACUACUACGCUUCCUACUACUACCACCUCUACUACUACCACUACUACUGAGGCUCCAACUCCUCCAAAAAGAGACCCGACAACAACAACCGACCUCACAACAACGAGCCCGAAGAGUACAAGCGAUACUUCCAGAUACGAAACUUAUAAUGAUGAUGACACAACUUCAACGACUGCAAGUUCACCCGGUGAUGAAACGACUCCUACUACUACAACAACUACUACUCGUCCUACUACUACUACAACUACUACUCGUCCUACUACUACUACAACUACUACUCGUCCUACUACUACUACAACUACUACUCGUCCUACUACUACUACUCGUCCUACUACUACUCGUCCCACUACGACUCGUCCUACUACUACUACUCGUCCCACUACAACUCGUCCCACUACUACUCGUCCCACUACGACUCGUCCUACUACUACUACUCGUCCUAGUAACCAUCGUCCUACUACUACUCGUCCUACUACUACUCGUCCUAGUAACCAUCGUCCUACUACAACUCGUCCUAGUUCUCGUUUUCCUAGGAAGACGACGACGAUGCCUACGACGACGCCUACGACGACGCCUACGACGACACCGAGGCCGCUUGAAGCUCGCUGUUUUCAGUGUGGAUUAAAUACUACGGAAAUUCCAUACGCACCUUCGUGCCAUCAUGUGUUUGAUACGCCUGAUCGUACAUUUCAUGCUCAAAGAAGAUUUUACAAAGUCAUUUGUAAAAACGAAGACGAUGAUGACAGGGUUUUGAAAUCCAGGGAACCUGUCGGUGAUAUUAACGACUACUACGUGGUGCCGCCAGACAAGACGUACAGAGGUGGGUGCUUCAAGAGGUUCCUAGACCUGGGCGAGCUAUACAACGAGCGCGGGUGCCGCACGAUGCUGCCGCUGCGCGGGAACAGCCUGGCCUCCAUCCGGCUGAUGCGGCUGGAGCGCUCCAUGGCCGCCAUCGACGAAGGUUGCGUAUCCAGUCCGCACGCCUCGCUCACGCCCUUCAGCAAGGCCGUGUCCCUCUACUCCCGGUACCAUGUCUGUGUCUGCAUUGGAGAGUUCUGCAACCGAGCCACCACUCACAAACUCACCACGUUUUACGUUUUGGUUUUAAUUAUACAUUUAAGAGAAUAUCAAAUUAUUUUUUUGUUUUAGACUAGUUGGCUUUAAGGAUACGUUACUCGAUAAUCGUUUUUGCUAAUCUACAGCUGACAUCUAUACAAAUAAUUAAUCUGUAGAAGGGUCAAUUCUGUACAUUGAAAAUAUUGAAAAAAAAAUAGCAGGGGAUGUUACUGGAUCGACACCCAACCCAAAUGGGUGAUUAAAAAAAAAUUGUCUGUCUGUCUGUUUGUCUGUCUGUUUCAGGCAUACGUGAAAAUAAACCUUAUUAUCCUGGGCAUAAAAUAGAAUACUUUUAUCCUGGAAUAAUCUGAGCAAAAAAAAUAAUCUUAAUCUUUCAUUUUUAUAUAAGAUGUUGUUCUGUUGAACCGCGGGUGUCGGGGAAAGUGUUUUAAUACCAUUGAUUCCCAACAAUUUUCCAUUUCAAUUUAAGAGAAUACAGUUUCCUGUAGCUUUGUGUUACUUCAUGACAAUUAAUACCUAAGGCUCAAGGUCAGACCCUAGGGGCUAGGAGUUGCUGGCGUAGAUCUUACCGCGAGUUGUUUUUCACACGGGCAACUUUACGUAGAAAUUUCGCGUGUAAGCAGUCCAAGAAAUCUUCAUGUUCAUGUUCCGGACGAGCUCACUAACAAUGUUGUGUAUGCUGAAGUUCUCAAUUAACUUUUUGUCGCAAUGUCACGAUAACGUUUUUAUUUUUCUAAACUUUUCGUCAUUUUCAGUAAUUUACUGUUACAUGCUAGUAAUCAAGGUCGGAAUUACUAUGAAGAAAAUACUUACUACAGAAAGCGAGCUCAACAGUAGUAGCUCAAUAGAGGGAUCUCCUUUAUUAUUAUAGGCCUAGCCGUAAUUGGGUCCAAUUGAUAUUUAUAAGAUGUCAUUGUCAGAGUUACUCAAAAUUGAGAAAUAAACCAUCCACGCGGACCCCGACAUCCGCGCGGACGGAGUCGCGGGCGGAAGCUAGUUAUUAAUGAGUAGCUCUAAAAUGUUAAUGAAGUAAUGUUAUUAUAUUAUUAUAAUGCGAUACUAGGAACCUGCCUCUAACAGCACAACAGGGCCUCAUAUCCCUAUAUUAAUAUUCUUUGAAUCAUUUGACUCACCCAAUACUUGGAAAUUCAUUGUAUUGACGUGAUUGUUCCGAACCAUACUGAUUUUCUAAACAAGUUCUAUCAAGGCUUGGCUAGUUUUUCCGACGUUUAUAAAUGUUAUGGACAAAGUGAUAAAUUGAGCAGUAUAUAUAAUGCCCGGUCAUUAUGAAAAA